AUGACUCCAGAACAAAUUGCAGAACUUAAAAAAAUAAGUCCUUAUGUCACACUUUCUCGAGGGAAGGAUAAUGCCAGAAAGGAAAUGAAAAAGAAAAUGGAAGAAGGUUUGUUGGACGACGAUAAUAUGGAGAGUGUGGAUUACUUUAGACGACAACUAGAUUCUGAAGUCAAGCGCAUUACACAAAUGUGUGAAACUUGGGACAAGAUCUCGCAGCAAGAACUUUUGUCUGAGUCUGCACAGGAGAUGGUGCUGGGCGCUGUGGGGCAGGCGCGGCUGCUGGUGUCGCAGAAGUUGGCGCAGUUCGGGUCGCUGGUGGCGGCCUGCGAGUGCCCCGACCCCACCACUGGACUCGUCACGCCCACCGACCUCCAUGGCUUUUGGGACAUGGUCUUCAUGCAGGUUGAAAAUGUGGACAUGCGCUUCAAAAAACUCGAAGAACUUCGCGCCCGCAAUUGGGUUGAGGAAACCCCAGUGAUACAAAAGAAAAGAGCCCCCAAAACAGCUAAAAACAGCAGCAAGCCUGUCGGUACUAGUCGCCUUCGUGAUCUUAUAGCUGCGGCAAGAAAAGCAAAGAAAAAUGAAGACCCUCCAACAGUACUACCAGAAGAAGAUCGAACAAACUCUGGGACAAACAUAAAAACAUUCGACGCGGGUUUCUUCUGCGUGCGGUCACCGGUCAAAUCACCACUUGCUCCCAGUACACCUUCCAACAAAUCCAGUUUGUUAAAGGCUGUGCUUUCUAGUGAAGCGAAAAAGGCUUCAGUUUCUAAGGAUUCUACAUCGUUAGCGAUGCUGCGGGCAUCAAUCAUUGGCAGAAGUGUGGAGAGUAACGACAUAGCUUUGCAGCAGUCCAAAGUGCCAGUAAUUCCAAUAAACCUCAUGGCGACACCAGGCAGAAGCAUUCUUAAGUCUACAAAUGUAGCAUCAACUGAGAGGAAAUCGGGCAAGAAAUCCAUAAAAAUAGUACUGUUUAACAAUUCAGAUGGUGAAAACAGUUUUUCACAAAGCCCAGAGGCUAUCGAGAACAUUGCAGAGGGCAAUAUAGACAGUGGCCUGUCCUUAAUAGAUGUAGAGAAGGAAUCCGAGCAGAAUAAAGAAAAUGUGAAGCAAAAGUCAAAGCUGGUGAGGCAGAAUGCGUUUGAAGAUAGAAGUCCAGUUUUAACAAGAAGCAGACGCAAGAGCAUGAAUACACCACUGGUUGACAUGUCCUUUGAAAAUUUAGAAGACAGAAAAAGGUCAACAAGAACGGAAGUGGCAAAGGAAAAUGAAGCAGAAGAGAAGAUAAAUCAAACACCCAAGCGUUCAACUAGAAGAAGGAAGAGCUCCGUUGCAAGUAAAAUGGUUUGA